AUGGGAGGAAAGCUUGGAAAGGAGAAAGGAAAGGGCAAAAAAGGCCCGGGCAGUAAAGCUCAAAGCAAAGAAGAAAAGAGUCCACAGCAAAACUUGAAGGCACCAAAAGCUAGCAAUAAGUCCCUGGUUUGUGCUUGGCAUUUCUUGUGCCUCUGUAUCUACGCUGCUAUACACUGGUAUGAUUAUAAGCUGGUCUCUGAGUGUCCUAAUCUGGAAAGAUUCUUCCCUGGAGCAUAUGCGUUUGGUGGUAGAUGGAAGUACCUGACAGCUAUAACAAUGAUAGACAUAAUAUACGAUGCAUGCCCUUACAAAAACCUAAUGCUAGUCUAUUACUGCCUUGCUUUCUUCAAUGACCUCUUUACCAAUUUUACUUCAUUCGUAAGCUGGUUCUUCACUACUACUAUAUGGCCUCUUGCUUGGGUAGUGACUAUCUUUUUCUGGGUAUUGUAUGCAAUGGACAGGCAGCUCAUCUAUCCAAAGGUUAUGGACGAAUAUUUCCCGGUUGCCAUAAACAUGUGUUGGCAUGUCGUCCUCUUUCCUGUCGUUCUUCUUGAAGUUGCCAUUGUCCAGCACCGCUAUCCCUCUCAUCUGGUCUCUGCCAUCACUCUCUUCCUAAUAGGAGGAUCCUACACAAUCUGGACAAUUGUCGUUUAUAAUAAUACGGGUAGAUGGACUUACGGCUUCAUGAGGGGUUUCAAUUAUCUUGGAUUCUGUGCCUUCUCGCUGAUAUCGUCUUUUGUUUCUAUUUUGUUUUAUUAUAUUGGGAGGUUCUUGUCUGGAUUGAGAUGGGGCUGA